AUGUCGUCCGCAGCGCCGGGGUUUAUACACAUAAACCAGCCCUCUCCCCCCUCCACCUCAUCAACCCCCUUCGACCCAGCCGCCUUCACCCUCACCGCCCCCUCCAAGACAGACAUCCACGCCUCGCCCGUGCCGGCCCCGCGCUACAUCUUCACGGCGCCAGCGGUGCUCGGCGCCCCGGCCCGGCCGCUGGCCGCCUUUACCCGGGCCCGCGUGUCCUUCGCGUACACGCCCGCGCUGCAGUACGACCACGCGGGCCUGGCCCUGCUCCUGGGCGCUUCGUCCUCUGACGCCGACGGCCGCCCGGGCCAGGUCGGCCGCCACAGCGCCUGGGUCAAGGCCGGCCUCGAGGCCAAGGACGGCGCCGUCUGGCUCAGCGUCGUCACCAAGACGGCCGGCGGCUGGUGCGACUGGAGCCUCGGGGCGCUGCCGGACGCCGAGGGUGCCGGAGCCGGGCUGGGCCGCGAGGUCGCGGUGACGAUCGAGCUGGAGCGCGCCAAGAACGCGCUGCUGGUCCACCACGUGCGGCAGCGCGGCGGCGCAGACGGCGCGGAGGGGGAGGAGGGGGGCGAGCACAAGACGCUGAUCCGCAAGGUGCCGUGGGUGUUCCUCGACGCCGAGGACCGCGUGGUGGCGGAGGGCGACGAGAGCGCGGCGUGGGUCGGCGCUUUUGCGGCGAGGCCGGAUCCCGAGGGCCGGGCGGGCGAAGGGGGAGGGCUGGAGGUCAGGUUUUGGAACCUGGAGAUCGCAGGACGGUGA